ACCACACAACUUGUUGUUGGGCUUGGCUUUUGUAUUUCUACCCAGUUCCACAUACCCUGGCUCUUACUCAAUCUUCUUCCCACAUUUUUGCCUCUUUUCUUUAUCUUCCCCUCAUUUGUUUGAUCUUCCACUCACCAUCUCCUUCCAUCAAAUUUUCACGCAAGCUAAGCAUGGGUGUUUGUUGAAGGAGAUUUGAAAAUGGGAAGAGAGAAAUGGAAAUGCAUGAAACAAAGCACAAAAUUCGCAGUGCAGCAGAAACCCAAAAAGCCAAAGAAACCCAGAGCAAUAUCUGUGUGGCAAAAAAUUGUUAGUGAUAUUAAUGAUCAACAGCUUCGGGAUGAUGCUGUGAUAUCCAUGGAAAAAAUGUUGGAAGGACCACCUCAAGUUAAUGCAAAAUGCAACAUCUAUCGAAAGUGCUAUGCGAGAUGAAUCCUAAGACUUAUGUUCCUCAACUAAUUUCCAUUGGCCCUUUUCACCAUGGCACUCCAAAAGAUUUGAUAGCCAAUGAAAAAUAUAAGCUUCAUGGUUUUAUUAACUUUCUACGUCGUAUCAAUAUUAAAUCAACAGUGGAGGGUGGCAUUUCUGAAACUGCCAGAUCAUUGAAGGACCUGCUGAAAACUGGAACAUUGAAAGUUCUCGUGGAAAAAGCUCAUGAUUGGGUGAAAGAAGCUUUGAAUUGCUAUGCAACACCCAUAAACAUGGAAGAAAAGGAUUUUAUUAUAAUGAUGGUUGUGGAUGCUUGUUUCAUAGUGGAGUUUUUUAUACUAAAAGUUGAUGAAAGCCAUCCAAUUUGUAAGUUCGAUCUAAUUCAAGAGAAUGUAGAUAUUUCAUUCCACGGAGGCAUAGAGGUAGAUAUAACUGAUGACAUGAUCAAGUUGGAAAAUCAAGUUCCUUUUUUUCUUCUUGAACGCCUAUUUGAGGAAAUACCCAAAGAAAAUGUCCCCAUCCGCUCCAAAUUUAGAGAAGAAAAAGAAUUCCCCAUCUCUUCUAGAGAUGAUAAAAAUGUCCCCGUCCGCUCCAAAUUUAGAGAAGAAAAAGAACUCCCCAUCUCUAGAGAUGAUGAAAAUGUCCCUAUCUCCCUUAAAGAUCUUGCACAUUGGGCUCUAAAGUCUAGGUUGGUGAGGGACUGUGAGAUCGAUCUGAAUAAAAACCAGACCACUUGGUUGAUUUCUUAACUUGCUACUUUGUCCCCUUUCCCGAUAAGAAUAUGCAGAACAAUAGUGACAAUAAUUGUUUAAGUUUCUUGUGUCACAUCCCAUUUUCAGGAUGUUGGCAAAAGCUGGAUGGGGAAAAUAAUGAUCAGACGAAGAAUAAUGUUUGCUUAACAUUAUUUAAACCAUUGUGUCAUCUUUGGAAUAAGAUAGCUUGUAAGGAAAAAAAAAAGUGAGAAAGGAAGCUCCAAUAUUCCUCCAUCCAUACCUGAGCUCUCGGAAGCUGGUGUCUCCAUCAAGAAGGCAGAAAAUGGCAAAUAUAUGAGGAACAUAACCUUCAAAAACGGGGUUUUGGAAAUCCCACCUUUACAUAUUUUUGAUAACUUCAAACUUAUGUUGCGAAACAUGGUAGCAUUUGAGCAAUAUACUGCAGGAAAUAAGAACAAGUAUGUAACUGAAUAUGUGUUAUUUCUAGAUAAUUUGAUAAGUACAGAGAAAGACGUGUAUUUACUUGUGAAGGCCGGAGUCAUAAUCAAUAAUAUUGGUGGAAGUGAUAAAGAAGUUUCAGAUCUGUUUAACAGUCUCGGUAAAUUUGUCACACAAUCAAGUUCUCCCCACUAUGACAGUAUUAGCAAAGCUUUGUGCUAACAUUGCAAUGGACGUUGGAACAAGGCAAAAGCCUCACUGAAACAUAACUAUUUCAACA